AUGGGGGUAGAUCAUCUACAGCCCGGGGAGGCCCGACAGAUAGACUACCAUCCGCCGAUGAAUGUAGCGUUGGCCACGCCCAUGUUCAUUCUCGCGGGAGCCUUGUUCGUUCUGUUCGUUGGCCGUACGCUAAUACGACUUGGCCAUCGCCGACGUUUACGCGAAAUUCUACGAACCGAUAAGCAGGGUCGAUUCAAACGAAGGAGCACCAUUUCUACCAUUCUGUACAAGCAUGUAUUUCAUGCGCCCAUCUUAUCCAUUCGCCAUAGUCGCUAUUUGAAACUUGGUAACAACAUCCAUAUGGGCAUCCUCCCGCUGCGGUUUGAAGCAGCUCUGCUAGCCGUCUACAUAGCAAUCAACAUUGUCUUCUUCUUUGUUAUGGUUGACUGGUGGAAAGACUGGGAUGAAGUGAUCUUCGAAUUUCAAUAUUCGGCAGGUAGUAUGGCAGUGUUGAACUUGCCGGGGCUGGUUUUGGCAGCAGGCCGCAAUAAUCCUUUGGUCCCUCUUCUGGGCAUCAAGUUCGACUGCUUCAAUCUCAUGCAUCGUUGGGUUGGUCGGACCAUCAUCUUUUCAGGGCUUGUCCAUAUGAUUGCUGCUGUUAUAAUGAAAGUGUCCGAAGAGGGCGGCUUGGUUGCGGCCACACAUCUCAUUUGGACUACUAAAUUCUUCGUCUGCGGCUUGGUUGCUAUCUUUGCGUUCACGACGAUCCUUUUCCAGUCCUUGUCGCCAGUCAGACAUGCAUUCUAUGAAGCAUUCCUCCACUCCCAUAUCGCAUUGGCCAUCAUGGCAUUCGUGGGCUUAUGGUACCACCUGGAUGGCAUGUCACAGCAGUAUGCCAUGCUUGUCACAGUGGUCCUCUGGGGUUUCGAUAGAGCGACUCGGCUGGCAUGUGUGAUCUGGCGUAAUUUCGGCCCGCGAUGCACCAAGGCUACCGUAGAGUUGCUCCCUGGUGAUGUGGCACGCGUCAACGUCACCGUGGCACGGCCAUGGAGAUUCAAGGCAGGCCAAUAUGCGUACUUGUAUAUGCCCACAGUGGGUUUGUGGACUUCCCAUCCGUUCUCGGUAGCCUGGACCUCAAAAGACGGAACAAGUGUGAUUGAGAAGAGCUCCUCUAAUUCCUCCAACGACUCCCUCGAUCGCGCAGUAGGAGGGUCGCAUGAGACGACGGUAUCUUUCCUGGUCAAAGGACGUGGUGGACUCACUAGUAAGUUGGUACGAAAGGCGGGCAACUCGCCCGAGCGGAGAUUUGAUGCGAUCACGCUUGCAGAAGGGCCAUACGGUGGCUUGGAAUCACUUGAUUCAUACGGAUCGGUGCUUCUGGUUGCGGGAGGAAUUGGUAUCACGCACCCAGUUGCCUACCUUCUCGAGAUCGUGAACAGAUUUGCAUCCCGGUCGACCGCUGUCCGGAGAGUGACCCUCGUCUGGGUUGUCCGCAGCUUAGACCAUCUGUCCUGGGUUCAGCCCUGGAUGAUAUCCCUUUUCAGUCACCCCGCCCUGCAAGGGCCGAACGUGCCAAAGCAGGAGUCUUUUAUUGAAUUUUCCCGGCUCUCCCUGUCAAUCAAGAUCUACCUCAGCACACGCGACUCCAGCCCCGAAGAUUACACUCCUUCCGAGUCGCCCUGGGCCAUUUCCGCACCGACAGGAGUGGCGAUAAGUAUCAACAACGGCAGGCCAUGCUUCCAGGAGACUCUGGAGGUCGAGAUGGCACACCAGGUCGGCGCAAUGGCUGUCAGUGUUUGCGGGCCAGGGGAAAUGGGUGACGAUGUGCGCCAGGUGGUGAGGGAGAAGCAAGGGAGUAAGAAGGUGGAUUUUUACGAGGAGACCUUUUCUUGGUAG